AUGCGUGUAACUCCUGAAAAAUGCCGAAUGCCGAUGUCAUCGACACAUCACAUCGUUGAUGUAAUUCCUCGUGGAUCGGUUUCAUCGUUGAAACAUUCCGGUUCAGAAAAUAAAUCCUAUCAUAAAUUAAUUUCGUAUGAUGUCAUUGAAGAAAAGUCAGCUCAACAACUACUAUACGAGGCAGCUCAAGAGCGUGAUCAACAGCGUGAUCAACAUAAGACUUCAUUCUUUUAUUCUCAAGAUAUUAACAUUCUCACUGGUAAUGGAGAAAAUGUUCUUCACAUUGCCGCUCGAUCAAGUUCUAUUUGGGAGCAUAAUACAUUGGCGGCAGGUGGAAAUGAUGGAUCCUCAAUGGCUUUUAUUAAAGAACUCAUAAAACGUGGAGCAGAUGUCAAUCAUCCUGACGAUGAAGGUCGUACACCACUUCAUCUGGCUGUCAUGGGAAAUCAUUUACCAUUUGUCAACUACUUGAUAAAAGAAACGAAAGCAGAUAAAUACGCCAUAACCGCAUUGCGUGCCAAUAUACUCCAUCUUGCUUUUAUCCCCAGUGGACAGCCUGAAUCCGAAUUGCAUGAUAUGUUUAAGUACAUCAUGGGAGAACCAGAUUCAGACAUAGAAGAAAAGAAACUUCCAUGGGCAGACAAAGCGGCGAAAUUUGCUCGACAGCAUACACUAGACAAUCGAACACCACUAAUAAAUGCCGUUUGUCAUCCAAAGAUCACAGAAAAUAUUGUGAAAACGCUUAUCAACAAAAUGAAAAUGCAUCCUGAAGAUCAAGUUGAGCAAAUUCAACUAAUUAUGGCUUUUGAGCAAGCAGCAAAAGGGCGCUGCCCAAAAUUUGAUCAUCUUCGCCCUAUUAUUCAAGCUUGUGAACCUAAUAUAAUUGAUCAACUCGUUCAUUUCCCAUGUCGAUACAAUAACCUUGAGCUUCUUAAAUGGCUGAUUGAUCCAGUUGCACAAAAUAGGACAUCAUGCAAAGACACAACCGACAAUCAACUCAUUGAUGAAACGAAUCAGGAUGGCGAAAAUAUUCUUCAUAUUUGUGCCAAACAUAAAAAAUCUGAAGAUUUACUCGACAUGAUAUUGGAUCGAGCUGCUUCUCCAGAGCUCCAUGAAAAGGCAGAUAAUAAUGGAAACUGGCCUCUACAUGUAGCUGCAAGCACCAGUCAUAAGAAUGUAUUCGAAAAACUCCUCCUCAAGCCCUUAUCAUACAAAAAAUCGCCCUUGUCAACUAAAAAUGCUCAAGGUCAAACUGUUGUUCACAUAGCCACAGAAGCGAUGCCUCCGCGUAUUGGACCCGAUCGCCAUUACGUUGAGAAAGAUCAUUCUUCGGAAGAAAAGAAUUCUACACGUGAAGCCUCCGACGAAAAAGACGAUGAAGGAAACGAUGAAGGAAACUAUGAAGAAGACGACGAAGAAAGCAAGGAUAGAAAUUUUGGCUUGCCUAUUCUUCGAUGCAUAUAUAACAGAUUUCCUGAAGAAAGAGAAUACCUUCCAAUCUUCUUCCAACGAAACGACGAUCGACAAACCUGCUUGCAUUUAGCAGCUGCAAAAGGUGCACUAAAAAUUGUCAAAUUUUUGGUCGAAACGGUUCAUCUUGAGGUUGAUACUAUAGCAGAUCGUCGUCUGACUCCUCUUCAUCUUGCAUGUCAAAAUGGACACCGAAAAACAAUUGCUUACCUCAUUCAAAAACGUGCUUCGGCAACAUUGCGUAAUGCUGAAUUGCACAAUUGCUUAGAUAUUGCCAUUGUGAAUCAACAUGAAGACAUCGUUAAGGAACUUCUUACACUUCCCAAUUGGCGUGAUUUAAUGCGAAAUUCUCAUCCAGUUAAAGAUACGGAAGCUUAUGAUACACCAAUGCGAAAACUGAUUCGAUAUAUGCCAAAUGUCACUAUAUGGAUGAUCGAUAGAAAUUUAACUCGAACAGUUGGCGGACAUGCAAAUCAUGUUUUUAAGAAAUUAUACGAUUAUGAAUUCUAUGAGGAUAUUUCUCUUGUCAGAAAAUGGUAUACUCAAGGUACGGACAGUUUAUCAAGUUUCUUGUACUUCAUAGCAAAAUUUGAUAUGAUUAUUUCAAUUAUAAUUCUAUCGGCUCUCUAG